AUUAGUAUUAUUAUUCAGUAUGUAUGUGAUGACAGUAUUGAUAUUAUUGAAUGAAUUUGAUUGAUAUGAAGAAAAAACAAUUGAAGAAAUUGACGAGUAGUUGAAUACAAUCAAAAUGAUAUUAACCUCUAGUUUCUGAUACGUUUCGAACGCUGCAUAUUCUUCUGAUUUCAUUCUGAUACCUGCUACUUUUUGUCCAUUUGUCUUCUUCUCCAGUGAAAAAUCAGCUACAGUAGCUCGGAGUAAGCUGGAAUGGGCCACGGGAACUCGAAAUCGGGCUCGCCGUCUUCCGACGAGUCCUCGCACAACGGCUCGAGGUCGGCUCACUCUUCCCGCGCCGGGAAGUUCGGUCAACGGCUUCAGCUUCAUCGCUCCCACUUCCGUCGCCAUGGUUCCGGUUCUGGUUCUGGUUCUGGUUCUAACCAGUCUAAACUCCUCAAGGAAGAAGAUUUCGCCGGCAUCGCUAGCCUUCGUGUCAUUAGCGCGGAGAUGAAAUUCAAGGACAAAUGGCUUGCUUGUAUUACGCUUGGUCUACAAACUUUCCGCACUCAUGUAUCAGAUCACACUGACAAGCCUACCUGGAACUCGGUGAGGAAGCUUCUUUUAGAAAGAAAUGGGGCACAUAUUGCAAGAAUUUCUGUGUUUGAGACUAAUAAAUUAUCCAAGAACAAUUUGGUUGGUCAUUGUGAGAUUGAUCUACUUGAAUACCUCUCCCAGGACUCUGAUUCUGAUGUUGAGGCUUUUGACUUGUUGGACCCAUCAUCACCAUCCAUAGUCGUUGGCAGUAUAUCUAUUUCAUGUUCUAUUGAGGAUCCAGUUGAAACAGAGCAAAGUUUUACAAAGCGCAUCUUGUCUAUAGUGGAUUAUAAUGAAGAUGGAGAGCUUUCACUGGCUGAGUUCUCUGAUUUAAUUGAUGCAUUCGGCAAUCAAUUGGCUGUUGAAAAGAAAGAGGAGCUAUUUAGACAGGCUGACAAGAAUGGAGAUGGUGUAGUCAGCUUGGAUGAGUUGGCUAUGCUUUUGACUGCACAUCAAGGAAAGGAGGCAUUGAUGAACUGCUGCCCAGUUUGUGGCGAGGUUCUUGAAGAUUCUGAUAGUUUGAACGGUAUGAUUCAUUUGACCUUGUGUUUUGAUGAGGGAACUGGGAACCAAAUAAUGACGGGAGGAUUCCUCACUGAUAAGCAAGCUUCCAGUGGAUGGAUGUUCAAACUGAGUGAAUGGGCACAUUUCUCAACAUAUGAGGUUGGUUUGAGGUCUGGUUCAAGUGCAUCACAUAUAUUGGUAUAUGAUCGAAGAAAGAAGAGGUUAGUGGAGGAAAUAAUUGAUCCCAAGAUUGUUUUAUCAAUGAGAGCCAUUUAUCAAUCUAAAUUUGGGCUUGGUCUUAUGGAUACUGGGGCAAAAGAAAUCCUGCAGAGCAUCUCUGAAAAGCAGGGCAAAAAAAUGGAUACCCUUGAUUCUGCUAAAGAUAUACCAAAAUUUGUUGAAUUUUUUAAGGAUCAACUCGACGUGCAUGAAGCCAAGUACCCACUGGAUCAUUUUAAGACAUUCAAUGAUUUUUUUAUAAGAGAGCUGAAGUCUGGUGCAAGACCAAUUGCCUGCCCAGAACGCAAUGAUAUCGCUGUCUGUGCAGCUGAUAGCCGCACUAUGGCAUUCAACAAUGUUACUGAUGCUGCAAGAUUUUGGAUUAAGGGCCGAAAAUUUUCCAUCCAAGGCCUUUUGGGGGAUGAAGCAUGCUCCAGUGCAUUCGUUGAUGGAAGUUUGGUGAUAUUUAGGCUGGCACCCCAGGAUUACCAUCGUUUCCAUCUUCCUGUCUCUGGAACUAUUGAGAAAUUUAUAGACAUACCUGGAUGUUUAUAUACUGUAAAUCCUAUUGCUGUGAAUAGCAAGUAUUGUAAUGUCUUCACAGAGAAUAAGAGGGCUGUGUCAAUAAUAUCAACAGAAGACUUUGGAAAGGUGGCCUUUGUUGCAAUUGGAGCAACAAUGGUUGGCAGCAUUACUUUUUCGAAGAAGGAGCGUGACUAUGUCAACAAGGGUGACGAGUUUGGGUAUUUCUCUUUUGGUGGAAGUACAGUGAUUUGCGUCUUCGAAAAGGACUCGAUAAGGAUAGAUGAGGACCUCUUGGAAAAUAGUGCACGAUCUCUUGAGACAUUAGUAACGGUGGGAAUGCAGUUGGGGGUGUCCAUAAAGAAACAGGCAGAUGUGAAGUCGAAGUUGGAAAAUCUUUCUUUAUAAACAUGAUCAGUUUGCUUUCCUUGCAUGUUUAUUUCAUUUGGUCUUGUCCUAAAUGUGUAGAAACAAAAUAAAUAACAGUGGGGGAGUUCAUGUUCUUAGUUACAUUCAAGGAAUCCAGGUCAGUGUUUUUGAUGUAUCAUAGGCUAUGUUCUCAUUAGUGGAGCUUUUGUGGGUG